CCCCUUGGUCACUUCCGGACGGUGCUGGCCGCUGACAUUUCAGGACCCGCCACUCACCUGCCCCAGAUAAAUGUGACAGGUGCCUUAGGACCUCCCGAUGGGGUGGCUUGGCUCUGGGCUCACGUUCCCUGUGAGCUGCCUGAUCCUGGUGUGGGCGGCAGGCUCUGGGAGUGUUCAGGUCCGGGGUCGGCCCACCUGCUUCUCCGACUACCUCAGCACCUCCACCUGUGAGUGGAGGAUGGAUGGCCCCACCAACUGCAGCUCCGAGCUCCGCCUCACCUACCAGCUGGAUUUUCCGAACUCAGAAAACCACACGUGUGUCCCUGUGAAUGGAGAGAGCGCCGUGUGCCGGUGCGACAUGCUGGUGGACAGCAUAGUCAGUGGGGACACCUACCAGCUGGACCUGUGGGCUGGGGAGCAGUGGCUGUGGAGUGAGCGCUCCUGUGGCUCCCCAGGGAGUGUUCAGGUCCGGGGUCGGCCCACCUGCUUCUCCGACUACCUCAGCACCUCCACCUGUGAGUGGAGGAUGGAUGGCCCCACCAACUGCAGCACCGAGCUCCGCCUCACCUACCAGCUGGAUUUUCUGAACUCUGAAAACCACACGUGUGUCCCUGUGAAUGGAGAGAGCGCCGUGUGCCGGUGCGACAUGCUGGUGGACAGCAUAGUCAGUGGGGACACCUACCAGCUGGACCUGUGGGCUGGGGAGCAGUGGCUGUGGAGUGGCUCCUUCAGGCCCAGCGAGCAUGUGAAACCCAGGGCCCCCGGAAACCUCACGGUUAACGCCACCGACUCCCACAUGUGGCAGCUGACCUGGAGCGACCCGUACCCACCUGAGAGUCUCCUGCACUCUGAACUCUUCUACCUGGUCAACAUUUCAAAUGAAGACGACCCCACAGAGGUGAGUGGGCACUGUGGGGUUCUGCACCAGUUCCUGGGACUCGGGGAGCGGAGACCCCGCCCCAGG